AUGGCUGCGACCGGGAAGCGUCCCGAGAUCAUUGAGCUUUCCCGCGAUCUGCGUGGUGUCCCGCAGUGCGAGGAUUACGAGCGUAUGAUUUCAGGGAUGAUGUAUAACCCAAACAUGCCCAAGUUGCUUGAGGCACGUCACCUCUGCCGUGGCUUGACUCGCGACUACAAUGACUUGGACACGAAGACCGUUCCAUACGACCAAGUUUUUGAGAAGCGACUCGAAUUACUCCGCAAACUGUGCGGAAAAGUCGGAGAUGGCACCUUCGUGGAGCCUCCGUUCAGACCAGAUUAUGGCUGUAAUAUGAUUAUCGGAAGCAAUUGCUUCAUUAACUGGAACUUGACUGUCUUGGAUACAAGCCUCGUGGUUAUUGGAGACAGAGUUCAAAUUGGCACAGGCGUGAGCCUUCUGACUGCCGGGCACGAUACUAGUAUACUUUCCCGUCAGAAGUUCGUCGAGUUUGGACACCCAAUUUUCAUUGAAGACGAUUGCUGGAUUGGUGCCAAUGUGGUUAUUUUACCUGGUGUUCGUAUCGGAAAGGGAAGCACAAUCGGGGCUGGGUCAAUUGUCACCAAAGACAUUCCUGCAUUUUCAGUUGCAAUUGGCGCUCCUUGUCGGGUGAGGAAGACUAUUCAAUCUGCAGAGGAGGAGGAGCAAGACCCUGAAAAUCCCUAUCGCCACCUAUCACGCGAGCAUUAG